GCAAUGGUAUUCAAAGCCAGCGCUCAAUACAAGUGUAACGCAAAGCCAUUGCAUUGAAUACUGCAUACAAUAAACACAUGAUUUUCAAUGCGAUAACAAAACAAACAAAAACAACACAACAAUCAAAACCCCAAUUCAUCGGCAAAUCGUUGGCCACAAAAGCAAACACUUUUCGGCGAUGAUAACGUUGAGGACGGCGUUGUCGGCCAACCAAUCGGCGCUAAGACAUCAGUUCAUAGUCAGCAACAAUAAGCCGGUGGUCAGCGCUCUGUUGGACAGAGAGUGGUCGACCGAUCGGCCCGUAUUGGUGGACAAAUGCUCGACAGGUUUCCCAGUGAUCAUUAGUAAGCGGUUUGGGCGCCGGUAUCGCAAGUGGUAUCACUGGCCAAACGAUUUUCUGCCAUUUUAUUGGGAACGGCAACGAUAUCCCGGCGGACAUAUGGUCACCGGUGAUCAGGUCCAGGACAUCGGCACUUGGGAUAAGAAUGCGCUCAUACUUGACGCCAAAUACUGCAAAGCGCUCGACGACGCACCCGAAGUGGUCAGACGUCAGUUCACGUUAGAGUUCGCCCAUCGGAAAGAUAUUGUUAAAUACCAAAGGUAUCACAUCAUGAAAGCCAUGCAAAGACAUCCGAUGGACGUCACAUCACCCGAAGCUCGCAUCACCGACUAUACGGUUAAAAUACGUAACUUUUUGCACCAUUUCAUCAAAGUUAAUCCAUACGCGGAGCGAAUGAAGAUCAUAAGCAACGGCUUGAAUCUGAAGAGAGCCAAAAUGCUGAAAGAGCUGUUCUAUAUGGACAGAGAGCGGUUCCACUUCGUGACCAAAACCCUGAAGAUUGACUACACGCCACCCGUAUUGGGCGAGAUGUACGUCAAGCCCACGCGUAAGGGUGAGCUCCGGCGGCUGACCCGCGAGUACUGCGACAAAAUCAAGACCGACAAACUGGAGGCCUAUCACCAGAAGCUGUUGGCAGAGCAGCGCGAGUUCGAGGCCAGCAAAGAGUCGAUGCAAAAGUGGAUCAAAGACGAGGAGAAAUUCUUGGGCUUAACGGUUCCCCAGACGGCCAAACCGGCGCCCACUUAGUCCGC